AUGACGAGCAUCUCUUAUUCGCAUAGUACGACCGAGACCGAGCCAUACGUACCACCGGAUGCUGAAGAGAUGCUAGAUGUAGCAGUCUCUGUCUUGGACCCACGCGACGCCCAGCAAGCCGCAUCGUCGCAGACUACAUCGAGGUCUGCGGGCCGCUUUCGUCAGGUGCACCUCAGCUUCGCAGAAGUACCCGUGGACACCGAGAUUCCUGCUGUUGAGAGGCGUCAUGCACGACGCUUCAGCACAGCCUGGAAGCAGACGUACUCGUGGCUGAGCCUGAAGUGGGACAAAGAGGAGCGCCAGUACGGUAUGAAGUGUUCCGCGUGCUGUAAGUUCGCUCCUAACACCAAGUCUCCAUUUGGCGGUCCUGGCGUCGGUGCGAGGGAUUUUCAGAAGUCUGCAUGCCGCAACCAUGACCAGUCCAAGGUGCACCUCGCGGCCAUGGAAGCAGAACGACUUGCUGCAGGCACGGAGGUGAGGCAGCGCAGCCUCUUGAACAUGCUCAGCAGCAAUCCUGUCAUGGCGAGAGUCGUGAAAUGCAUGCUGGGAGCUCAUUGGAUCGCGCAGCACGAUGCACCUAUCGCUCUCUACCCCUUGCUGGUGCGGUUCAUGGCGGAGCAAGGAUGCCCCGACAUGCGGAACAGCGAAGCAUACGGUCGUUAUUACUCGCGAUACGCUUUCGGCGAGUUCGUAGAGGCUAUGUCAGAGCAUCUGGUGGCCAGGCAGCUCGUGGACGUCAAAGAGUCGGCCUGGUACAGCCUCUCCUUCGACGAAUCCACGGAUCGCGCCCGUGGAAAGCAUCUCAUCAUGUAUUGCACGUUCGAGAGAGGCGAGGCCGUGGUGUGCCAGUUUCUUGCUCUCCUGUCGCUCGAGCGAUGCGACGCUGCAGCAUUGUACGACGCGAUCGUGAAGUGUCUGUGGUUGAAGGACAUGUCGAUGGACAAGCUGGUUGGGGUUUCAAUGGAUGGUGCAUCCGUCAUGACUGGCAAGCAGAACGGAGUUGUCGCCCUGCUUCGGAAACGUUGCGCGUGGCUGGUGGCGAUUCACUGCGUGGCGCAUCGCGAGGCAUUGGCUGCAAAGGAUGCCGCUAAGAGCUUCAAGGAGUUCAACGUCGUGGAUCAGAUGAUACGCCAGACUGCUGAGCGUCUCGCGCGUUCAUCUACGGAUCACAAGACCUACAUGCAGCUCCAGGACGUCGACAUCACACAGGUGAAGAAUCAUGUCGACAAGGUGAAGACCAAGCUGGCGCAGUACUACGUCGAGCCCGGCGCAUCCAACGGGCCGAACACCUCCCGCCUGAACAAGUUCCUUGCUGCACACAAAAGCAAGGACAAGCGCAAGAUGCAGCUCAAGGGAGUGGACGAGAACGGCAAGCCUGCAACAGUCGAGAUCGAGCUGCACGAGGACAUCAUCGACCCUAAGAACCCAGGGGGGGGAUGCGACUUGGAGGCCUGCGCGGACCUGGCGAGGAGUUUCGCUCAGCGCCUCAUUAAGGCGCUUGGGAAGAGGAUGGCGGACCUGCGCCAUUUCGAUGGUGUUGGUUUCUUCACCCCUGAUAAGUAUCCCCCCCGUGCAGGAGAGCAGGACGCGUGGGUGAAGCUCCAUCUCACCGAGCUCCUUGACAUGUUCAAGAACAAGCUACCUGGAGUCACUCUUGCUGACAUAGAGCCGCAGAUGCGCCUCUUUGUAGCCACCAUGGAGAAGAAGUUCAAGAAGCAGAGCUUCCAUCAGGCUCUCACCAACAUGCUGCGCACGGCAGACUGGAGGGAUGACUAUCCCACCAUUGUAUCUCUCUGGCGUGCGGUUUCUGUGCUGUCUCUCAGCACUGUUGAGUGUGAGAGGGGCUUCUCCCGCCAAAACAUUAUCGUGUUGCUCUUUCUGAUGUGA